AUGCUGGGCGGGGCGGCGGGGGGCGCCCGCUCCCGCCCGCCCACUGACCUGCAGCAAGGUGCGAGCAGAUUCCCGCUAUACUCGCUGUUUCCUGCGCAGAGAGCCAACAGAUCCACGUUGAAUAAAGUGACGGAGAAUUUCCUUUCGACUCCUCUCUCGCUGUCGGCGCUGGGCGCGCUUACGCCGCCGCCCCAUUCGCCGUACUCCUCGCCCUACUCGCCCUACUCGCCGCUGCCGUUCGAUCUGCUCGCCUGCUCGCAGCGGCUGCUACUCGCCGACAAGGAGUCCAGCAAAAUGGAAGAGGCUAAGAUCGCCAAAACGUGCAUGCCUGAACCUCUCUGCUGCCCUGGUGACCAACGUCAACUGCUAGAGGGCAUUGGAGUCAUGCAGCCUCUCACUAUUAAGACGGAGCAGGCGAAGAGCACCUGCAACACAUGCCUUACAAAUUCACCAAAAAAGGUGGCGCACAGCGAGGGCGGAUGCAGCCGCACCAACCCGGUGACGUGGCUGGGCGUGGGCCAGAACGUGCAUGUGCAGGUGAAGCGCGAGCCGCAGCACGUCCACAUGUCCGAGCUGGUCGCCGUCAAGCUGGAGCAGGCUUCCCCCGGGAACAAGCCCGACCAGCCGGCCAUUCCCGCCUCACUCAACAACGGUUCGAUUCCGGUGGGGAUUGCGGUAGCGAGGCAGCGCGUGGGCGACGCGGGACUAUUGGCUGCUCUCUCUCAGAAAGAUAACCAACGACUACAUGAUAUUGACGCGGCGCAAGCGGCCAUGACGGUAGGCGUGGCUAACGUGCUGUGUGACGAGCGCUCCGCCCCGAUGGCGUGGCCGGCGCCCGCCCCUGUGCCCCCCGCGCCGCUCUGGCAGUACCCCGCUCAAGUUUCAAUGGAAAGCAUGAUGGUGGGCGGCGUUGGAGUCGGUGGUGUGGGUUCGGUCGGAAGCAGUAUGUCCACCGUCGGAGGCUACCAACUUGUCAGAGAGCCAACUUCCGGGGCUUUGUUGUUGCUACCGGCGCCACCAGACUUGCCUCACACAGUUGUAUGGGGCGGCGUUCCUUACCCUCCUGCUCCCCUCCUACUUCCCCCAGCCCCCCACCCCUCCCACCAUCUCCAACUCCUACCAGGAGAACUUCUUGCAUCUACUGCUACUUUACAACAUACUCACACACAUUCAACAAGACUAGUGACUCUGGCUCCGGCUCCAGCCCCACAACAACACUCCGCACACACGGUGGAGAAACGCAAGCCCAUGAUGCAGCCACUAAUAACGCCACAUGCUCUAAUAAAGAUCGAGCCAGAACCGCCACAAGAGAAACCGCCCCCGCAGUUUGUAUCCGAACCGGUCCAACAACCUCUACUCACGCAUCUUUACUAUCAACCCGAAUAUUCUGAACAAGCGUGCCGGAGUCAAGCCACAUCACCAACCGCUCCCCCAACCCCACCUCCGGACGCCCCAGAGGGCCCGGCACACAAAGACGCCUCCAAUCAAACUGACCAUAUAGACGAUGAAGACGAUUCGCCGAACCACGCAGAUGAGGACGAAAGAGAAAUCGCUUGCGUGGGCGUUGCUCACUUCCCAGAAGAACCGACAGUUUUACAGUUACAGCCUUUACAGCCGCCGCCAAUAGAUAGUGCGGAGGAUUCAUCUUCGGAAGGUUUGGCGACCUCGGCAGUCGUGGGAGCCGUGGAGAAAGCAAUAGAUGCAAUUGAGAGGGACGAUUCGAUGGAUAACUCAAGUAGUGGGGGCUCCCAUGAUUUAAUUAUUGAUACGACGAGGACUUCGCCAGUACCACCACCGUCACAGUCCACACGGCCUAUUGUCGACGUCAGUGGGUUGGAACUCCUAUCGAAUAGCAUUGAGCAGUUCGAAAGGACCACACCAGGCGCAAGCAUGCCCAGCAUAGAUCCAACACCAUUAACAAUCGACACAAGGCCCACGACCAAAUUGAAUAUAAUGAUUAAGACGUCACCUAAAUCACCACCACGAACAGACACAGAACCUCACAGAAGAUUCGAAUUUCCAUCAAGUGAACCAACAACCGAGCUAACGAAACCAUCCCUUGAUGGUUUAGAUAUAUUGUGCGCUUUAGCAGAACAGAGAUUUAUGGAAGAGGUAGAAGAAAGCCCAUCGACGGCUCUGCCACUUACCACUCGAACUUUUAUCAAAACAGAGCCACUGUUGAGUCCACCCGAAAUAGACAGAUCCGCAGAAUCAGCCAAGAAAGACAGACAUAGACAUAGAGAUGACUCUUCAAGUGAAAGGAGGAGAAAGAGGAGCCGUGAUAGAGAAGAGAGGUUAAAACACAAGCUGGAGAAAAUGCGACGUCAUAAGCGGGAGAAAGACAGAGAGGGAAGGAGCAGUGGUGGAGAAUUAGAAGCGAGUUUAAGGCGAGUUACGGCGUGUUCAUGUGGAUCCAUGACUUGCACGCAUUCGCCUUCAGUGCCUUCCGCUCAAGCUCUUGUUAAUGCGAUGGAAAAAGAUAUGCGGGAACGUUUGCAAGAACUCCAACGUCAGUGCGAUGAAAAGAGAGCGCAACUUAACGCUUUGACCCCUCCUCUGCCAGCUUUGUCUACGCCACCCACACCAUCCACUCCUGCGCUCUCUCCGAAUUCAGAUAGAGGUUCAUCAAAGAAACGCAAAGUGGGCAGGCCUCGAAAAGUGUCCAGUCCGGACUCAACGGAGACUAUCGUCGCAAAGAAACCUAAAUCAAAAAGCAGUUUAGUCGGCUACCUAUUAGCGAAAGGUAAACUAAAAGGCGGUAUAUUAUGUACAAGGGGUGAACCUUCUAGAGACGAAACGAAUAGGACGAGCAAAGUCCGACCAAAGUUAAAAGCAGAGCCGAUUUUGAAAGUAUAUUCUGAGGAAGAUGAGACCGAGGGAGGCCUUAACAGAUCUGCUAGCUCUUCAAUGGAAAGUUUAAAUGAAGUGCGACAGAAAAAUAGAGAAAAAGUGGAUCGUCUUGUUCGUAAACACUCCAGAGACGAUCUUCCUGAGUUAGAACUGACUAUUCGCAGAGCUAGCGCGUCUAGUGAUAGCGAUAAAGAGAGACGUCGUGCGAAAAAGAGACGAAAGAGUCUUAAAUUUAAGGAAAGACCCCCCGAAGAUUCAAAAGAAGAGCCUACUGAACAACAGCCAGUUUCAAGAUGUACUUUAACUGAGGAAAAAUUAGAUUCGUCGCCACGAGUGCUAACAGCUAUGGGGGGAUUGUUCUAUGCUGGAAAACUGAGCGCGGUACAAGCACCUGAUGUAUAUGCAAUUACUUUAGACGGAGAGAGGGGUAACAAACCGCAUAUCCUGUCGAGAGAAGAGACUUUAAGAGACGCUAUUCUAGAAGUGAGUCCGACGUCAGUAUCGGAGUUGCCUUCCGGCACUAGAGUGUGCGCGUAUUGGUCCCAACAGUACCGCUGCCUGUAUCCCGGAACAGUUGCACUUGCUUCGCCGGACCCGCACGAUGAUAAGUUCGUGGCGGUCGAGUUCGACGAUGGGGACUCCGGGAGGAUUGCUAUUGAGGACAUCAGGUUCUUGGAGCCGAAUUAUCCUAUAGUUGAGUACGAAAACACGCUUUUCACACUCGGCAAACGGAGAAGAAAUACGAGCGUCACAGAAGACAAAAAAGCCGUUGCUUCCACAAGCGCAGAAAUUAAAACAGAACCUGCAUCUCACGUGCAAGCUCAAGCGGAGGAAAAUACAGAGGAAGCGGAUCGGCAUAGAGAUCGGAAAAAGUUGAAAAAACACAGAAAAGAGAAACUCAAACGUAUACAUUCAAGUGAGGAGGAUCCGAAUUCUGUUGAAUACGUAAAGAAAAAGAAAAAGAAGCACAAGUGCUGCGAGGAACACUGCAAGCACAGAAGACAUCAUAAGAAACAUCAUAGAAAACACAAGAAAAGGCAUCAUUCAAGCUGCAAGGAACAUUCAAGUUCAUCUGGUGAUGACCAACACGGGCGAAAAUCAACAUCCGAUUAUAUUGACUCCAACAAAUCUAAUGAAGACUCCGGAGAUUCUAACGAUAGGCUAUCAACUCUGAUAGCUGUUGAAAAGUCUCCAGAUGAAAAAAUGAAAACGGUCAUCAAAAAGGCGGUCUUGUCAAAAAAGAGUCUUGUGAAGAACGCUAUAUUGGACUUUAGCAAUAUCGGAAAGUUUGCUCUGAAGAAAGACGAAGAUUUUAAAGAUAAUUUGAAGGAUAGUGGAAUAGGAUUGGAACCGGGAACGCCGUCUACUUCUGUAGUCGAUGUCCCGAAAAAGAAAACGAAGAAGCGAACGGUGUCGUCGACGUCGACUGACAGCGCUCUGGUAGGGGGCGCGGGGGGAGGCGUCAGCAAGAUGGCGGCCUUCCUUCCGGGCGGUGCGCUGUGGCGCUGGCACGGACCCCCCUACCGUCGCACCGCGCGGCCCAGGCAUCGAAAGCUGUUCUAUCGCGCGAUACAACGUGGCGAGGAGACGUUGCACGUGGGCGAGGCGGCCGUGUUCCUGUCGACGGGGCGUGCCGACCGGCCGUACAUCGGGCGGCUCGUGGCGCUGUGGGAGGCGCGCGGCGCCAUGGCCGUGCGCGUUGAGUGGUUCUACCACCCCGAGGAGACCGUCGGCUGCCGCGGCCCGCUGCGCUAUCCGGGUGGUUUAUUCGAAUCGCCACACACGGACGAGAACGAUGUGCAAACAAUAUCGCACAAAUGCGAGGUGUUGCCGCUGGCGCAGUACAAGGAGCGCAUGGGCGACGACCCGGCCCGGUACAGCACCGUGUACGACAAUAACGACGUGUACUACCUCGCCGGCCGCUACGACCCCACGCAGCAGACGCUCACCAUGGAGCCGGAUAUACCCUUCGCUGAUAACACGCCCGCUUAA